AUGGAGCGGAAAGGUGAGCGGUGGAGCGGCCUCCGCCACGAGGGGCAACGGCCGGCGGGGCGAGGCCCGGGCCAGCGCCGGGAGCUCGCUAACCGCCGCAGUCGGUCCCCGGGCGUGCGGCGCCCCUCCACGGAGGUGGCGCCGCCCCUCACCCCCCGCCUUUGGGCCGCCCGUCCGCGCCCCUCAGCCCGGGCGCCCCUCCGCGCCGGCACUCAUCGCCCCUUGUUCCCCGCCGGGCCGGCCCGCGCCUUGGGGCCGCUCCAGGGCCCGGCGCUCGGCGGGCGAGGCAGACCCCCGCCCGCCGGCCCCCUGACGCGGUCCGAGCCCCCUCCGGCGCACCCCGCCUGGGCGCUGCUCUGCGCCCCGGGGCCCGCCAGCCCCCCGGCCGGCCGCCGCGCCCUCGCCCCGCAGCCGCCCCUCCGGCAGGCCCCGCGCCCGGGCCUCGCGCCCCUGCUGGGUCUCCACCCGCACCUCGGUCGCCUGCUUUCCUCCGCAUUCGCCCUUCAUCCAUCCCUCUCUCCCGCAGUGCUUGCGCUCCAGGCCCGAAAGAAAAGGACCAAGGCCAAGAAGGACAAAGCCCAAAGGAAAUCUGAAACUCAGCACCGAGGUUCUGCACCCCACUCUGAGAGUGAUCUACCAGAGCAGGAAGAGGAGAUUCUGGGAUCUGAUGAUGAUGAGCAGGAAGAUCCCAAUGAUUAUUGUAAAGGAGGUUAUCAUCUUGUGAAAAUUGGAGAUCUGUUCAAUGGGAGAUAUCAUGUUAUCCGAAAGUUGGGCUGGGGACACUUUUCAACAGUGUGGUUAUCAUGGGACAUCCAGGGGAAGAAAUUUGUGGCAAUGAAAGUAGUUAAAAGUGCUGAACAUUAUACUGAAACAGCACUAGAUGAAAUCCGGUUGCUGAAAUCAGUUCGCAAUUCUGACCCUAAUGAUCCAAAUAGAGAAAUGGUUGUUCAACUACUAGAUGACUUUAAAAUAUCAGGAGUUAAUGGAACACAUAUCUGCAUGGUGUUUGAAGUUUUGGGGCAUCAUCUGCUCAAGUGGAUCAUCAAGUCCAAUUAUCAAGGGCUCCCGCUGCCUUGUGUCAAAAAAAUCAUUCAACAAGUGUUACAGGGUCUGGAUUAUUUACACACCAAGUGCCGUAUCAUCCACACCGACAUUAAACCAGAAAACAUCUUGUUGUCAGUGAACGAGCAGUACAUCCGAAGGCUGGCUGCAGAAGCCACAGAAUGGCAGCGAUCUGGAGCUCCUCCACCUUCCGGAUCUGCAGUCAGUACUGCACCCCAGCCCAAACCAGCUGACAAAAUGUCAAAGAAUAAGAAGAAGAAAUUGAAGAAGAAGCAGAAGCGCCAGGCAGAAUUACUAGAGAAGCGAAUGCAGGAAAUUGAGGAAAUGGAGAAAGAGUCGGGCCCUGGGCAAAAAAGACCAAACAAGCAAGAAGAAUCAGAGAGUCCUGUUGAAAGACCCUUGAAAGAGAACCCACCUAGUAACAUGACCCAAGAAAAACUUGAAGAGUCGAGUACAGUUGACCAGGAUCAGACACUUAUGGAACGUGGUGUAGAGGGUGGUGAAGCAGAAAUUAAUUGCAAUGGAGUAAUUGAAAUCGUUAAUUAUACUGAGAACAGUAAUAAAGAAACAUUGAGGCUUAAAGAGGAUCUACAUAAUGCUAAUGACUGUGAUGUCCAAAAUUUGAAGCAGGAACCUAGUUUCCUAAGCUCCCCAAAUGGAGACAGCAGCACAUCUCAAGAAACAGACUCUUGUACACCUGUAACGUCUGAGGUGUCAGAUAGCAUGAUGUGCCAGUCUCCAUCAAAUGUAGACCAGUCAUUCAGUGAACAGCACAUCAGCCAACUUCAAGAAAGCAUUCGGGCGGAGAUACCCUGUGAAGAUGAGCAAGAGCGAGAACAUAAUGGACCACUGGAUAACAAAGGAAAAUCCACUGCUGGACAUUUUCUUGUUAAUCCCCUUGAGCCAAAAAAUGCAGAAAAGCUCCAAGUGAAGAUUGCUGAUCUUGGAAAUGCCUGUUGGGUGCACAAACAUUUCACUGAAGAUAUUCAAACAAGGCAGUAUCGCUCCUUGGAAGUUCUGAUAGGAUCUGGCUAUAACACCCCUGCUGACAUUUGGAGCACGGCAUGCAUGGCCUUUGAACUGGCCACAGGCGACUAUUUGUUUGAACCUCAUUCAGGGGAAGAGUACACUCGAGAUGAAGAUCACAUUGCACUGAUCAUAGAACUCCUGGGGAAGGUGCCUCGCAAGCUCAUUGUGGCAGGAAAAUAUUCCAAGGAAUUUUUCACCAAAAAAGGUGACCUGAAACACAUCACGAAGCUGAAACCCUGGGGCCUCUUUGAGGUUCUGGUGGAGAAGUACGAGUGGUCUCAGGAAGAAGCAGCUGGCUUCACGGAUUUCUUACUGCCCAUGUUGGAGCUGAUUCCCGAGAAGAGAGCCACUGCCGCCGAUUGUCUCCGGCACCCUUGGCUCAACUCCUAAGCCCCAGCCCAGCACUGCAGCAGAGCUCACACGCUUACCCUCCUCCCCUCCCCUUCAAGCAUCUCCCUCUUCCCUUUUCAGGAUGAAGCUCUUCUUUCAGGGGUUUCUAGAUUUUUUUUUUUUUUUAAUCCAACAUGUUCAUUUGGGUUUGCUUACUUGACCCUGUGGAGAUCCCCCACAGCCACUGGGCAUCCUAGGUGAAUUUGGCCUUGAUUGGGCUCUGCCAAAGACUAAUGGACUAAAAUGUGAAACAGCCUCUCGCCUUGUACCCUUGUCUUUCUGCUAGGACAUCCUUUAAAUUAUAAGCAUCCUUUUUAAAAAGAGCUACGAAGAUGUAUGAGCUCAUCCUUUUAUUCACUGACUCUAAGAGUCAAAUUUUUUAGUGCAUAUUCUAUUGCCAGCAUAGGGAUGAGAAGGGGAAGGGUGUUACUUCUGUGUACAGCAGAGACAUUAUUAAACUUGCUGUGUCCAGGCUGCAUCAUCAUCCUGGAUUUUUUCUGUUGUCCCCUAUGUUCACAUUUUUUCCUACAACUUUUAAGCUACUAUCUUUUUUAGAUGAGUUGUAUAAAUACCAAAUUUGAGUACCAUUGUAUCACUGUUCAAAGCACUGUCAAAUUCCUUUCAUCCUUUAAUAACUCUAAGAUCCUUGAAUCUUCAGUCUGAUUUUUGCUGGAAACAAAAACGGAACCAUUGACUAGUAAUUUCUUCAGAAGCACAGAUGUUCUGCAAACAGUCCUUUCCUGUGUGUCUUCUGUUACCCUCACAGCAGAGUUAUUUUGAUUGGCUGUUUGUUUAGUUUCUUUGUUUUUAAUCCCCGGCUGGCACUUUACUCAUUGCAGUUGAGUUUAUUGCCCCGUUACUGAAGAACUCAGGAUGACCCUGGAAAGGAGAUCUGGGUUUCAGAGAUUUCCCAUCUAAGAAGAAAAUGUCCUAGAGUUCUUGAUUCUUUUCCAAACAGUCCCCUACUUUUAUUUACAGCUUUCUCUUUACCUUGUCCAAAAUUUAGCCUUGAAGCAGUUUCCCUCUGUGGCUUUGCCUUUCUCAUAUUCUCAGAGGCUUCAAGUUUUAAUGAAAUCCCAGGAUCCAAGAACCAAGGGGAGGGGUGGGAUGGCACUUUUUCUCAUUCUUGUUUAUUUUGAGGGGUCUUUUUUUUUUUUUUGGUUGGUUUAAGAUUAGCCUUUCUCUGCUGCUAUUUCUUUAUAUAAUGUAAGUUUUUAACUGCAAUUUUGAGAUGAUUGAGAUUUACUUGAGGCUUUUUUUUUUUUUUUUUAAUGAGAAACGGCUUUGUGAAUCUUAUUUUAGGAUGAGCCUCUCCUAGACUUGCGCUAGACAUUACAUAUUCCUUGGGUCAUACUGAAAAGCAAAAAAGGGGCAGAAUUGGGGUCACAGCCACUUGUUCAGCAUGGACCAAGUGGGCCUUGGGGAUUACCGCAUUCUCCGGAAGCAGCUACAGGACUCUGAUUAACAGAAAGCCAAGGAGAUGCAACUUGAGGCUCUACUAGCAAAGCUACAGAUAAGACCCAUGGGUAGCCAACUUUCUCUUCGAGGGACUGGAAUCUAGAUUCUGACAUUUGUCCACCAACAACGGCAAAGGAAAAAGUGGUGCAAGUAUGCCAUCCAUUUAACUCAUAAGCAUAUUACCCUGAGUAACUAUGGCCAGCCAUUCAUCGGAUCCUUGAUUGGGUAGUCCUGAAAUCAGACAUGUUCCUGUAGAAAGAAUUUUAAGUGAGGCUCUCUAUGCACCUAUCAAGAAUAAAGAGAAAAGAUUGUAUCAAACAACGGCAGGGAAAAUCCUUCAGCAAUUCUGAUCCACUUUGGGUUUUCAAUGAUAUGUACAUCUAAAGCAAUAGCAGACUAGAACUGAAUUCUUUUCUACACUAUAAAAUCACAAUUGUGGAAUUACAAGAGUUCUGGCGAUAGUAAUGUGAAAUAACCAAAACACACACACAUACAAAUAGAAGGCCCCACUUUAACAAUUGAUAUGACAAGAAAUUUUAAUGAGAGAACCUAUAACUUCAUUUUGGAAAUGUUUCCCCACCAAAUAAGGGCUUGUCCUCCUAUCAUUUAAGGAGCCAGAUGAAUUAGAAGCCGUAGAAGGAGGCAGCUGUAGAAUUUGAUCUUCCAAGUACCCCCGUACAUGUAUUGAAUUCAAUCAUAAUGCUGUCAAAUUGCUCUGAUCUCAUGAAAGGAUUUCUAUUUGCUGUCAGUUAAAAAUAAAACCCCAAAUACAUUUUUAUUCUUUCUA